AUGGGCGAAUACAAGCAGUUCAUUCACAAGGAUAUUACUUUCGAAUCCGGAGUUCGACACAGCCGUAUUGUAGAUACCGGCAGUGGUGAGUCCAUCAUUUCACGCGGAGCUCUCAAACACGUAUGCCCAAAUGAUACCGUAAAACCGACCACAACACGAAUCCAUGGUGUAACUGGACACCUUCUUCCACUAAUGGGUGAGACAAUCUUGUCGAUUCAUUCCCAGGAUAACAGUUGUGUGUCCAUUCGAUUCUUGGUGUCACAAGACAGUCCGUCUAUUCUGGAAUUGAUGGCGAUGAGAACGCUGGGACAUUCCUUAUCCCUAUAUACUAACAAACUGAAAUCCGAUACACCUGAGGAAAUUCAAAAGCUGGCAAUCCGAUGUACUGAGAAUGUGGAAGGAAUGAGCGUUCCUGAGGCAGUUUUAGAGGUCGACGGUGAACGGGUAUUCCUAAAAAGGCGUGUCUUACCAUAUGAACAACGCGAAGCAUUGAAUGCGAUCGACCUAAUGGAGAAGACUGGUUUUAUUUCCCAAGUGACGUUGUCAACAUGGGCAACUCCUAGAUUCAUGGGCAUUUACGACGAUCAGUACACCGUGGGGUUGUUCCAGUACAAUUUCCUCCCGUUCGAUUUGCAUGUAUCAUCCGGAAUCAUUCAGUCCACAAUAGACAAUGUUUUGUCUGGGUUGGCGGUGUUAUGGCGUAUCAAGACAAUGUGA